AGAACCUCCCCGGACUUCUCAGAAAGACCCGCAGACUCGGCCGUCCCCCCGUCCCGUCCCCGUCCCCCCCCCCUCCCGGACCAGCAUCAGACCUGGAUCUUCUCUCCGUGUACCCUGGCCCCCCGUCCUACGCGUGGAAGCGUCUUCUGAAAGUUCCGCGUAAAACAACAAACUCCCCCCCCCCCUCCCCCUGGCUGAGAUGUUCUGGUUCACGCAAGGGCUGUGCUCUCUGCCAGUGUUUCUGGUCAUCUGGUCCUCCAGCACUUUCAUCAUUUCCUACCUGAUUGCGAUUUUCAGACACGACGUCGAUGUCCUAUUUCCAUACAUCAGCGACACGGGCGCGAACCCCCCAGAGAGCUGCAUUUUUGGCCUGAUGACAUUCAUUUCUUCAGGGGCAGGAAUAGCCACCAUAUAUGCCAGAUACAAGUUUGUGGAGAAGCUGAGUGAAGAAACGAGGGUGGUGAGCCCACGUCUCAACAAAGCCGCCCUGGUGCUCGGGGUGGUCUCCUGCUUGAGCAUGUGUAUAGUCGCCACUUUCCAGGAAACAACGGUGACAGAAGUCCACGACCUGGGGGCUCUGCUGUUCUUUGUCUCCGGUGUCUUGUACAUCGUCGUCCAGUCGGUGGUGUCGUACCACGCCUACCCGUAUGGAUCCUCGGCGGGCGUGUGUCGCGCGCGCUUGGGCAUCGCCGUCGUCGCCGCCUUGGCGUUUUUCCCCAGUAUCCUACCAAAAAAAAAAGAAAAAAAGAGAAAAGUCGAGAUGCUUUGGUUUCUGCUCUGUGAACAUGCACGACGCGCAUUUAACCAGGAUGCUACACUUGGGUCCCGGAUGAUUCCAGCUGUCGUCUGCGCGUUUUUCGUGCAUCAAACCAGGCUGCACAGAGACAGGGAGGACCAGGACUACCCUUUCCACGUGGCCAGCGCCGUAUGCGAGUGGGUCGUGGCCUUCAGCUUCGUCUGCUUCUUCCUCACAUACAUCGAUGAUUUCAAAAUGUUUACCUUGCGAGUGAAGACCGAGUUCGAGGAGCUGUCUUGAUGCCCGGCUCCCAGCCGAACUUUGAACACCGGUAUCUUCAGUGGGCUGCAUUUAGUUUUGGCGAGGG